UCUUUUUCCCUUUCGGCAUUCAAGUUUCAAACUUGAAGAAAAUUCAAAAUUGUUUCCCAAACAACUAUAACUCUGCAGACUCCAACAGGGGUUUGAUUCUACAGAUACCAUUCUCUCUUCCUCUUCCUCUAACAAGUCAUGGUGUCCAAAAAAACCAUGUUAGCUAAUCUUUUACUGGCGUUUGUAUCUGUAAAUACAGUUCUUGAUUAUGGGGAGAGCUCAUAUUCCGGUAUAAGUGACUAUCAUGCUAACAUAAGGCGGAUGGCUUCGGUCAAGGCAUCGUUUAUUUCCCGCAAUGGAGUCCCUCCCAUCUCUCACAGUUUUUCUACAACUCCGGUUUUGACAGGGUCACGGGUUUAUCACGCAACCGACUACGGUGCUGACCCUAGUGGAAAAUUGGACAGUACUGAUGCCCUUGAGCAAGCUAUUUCCGAUGCUUUUCGAUCUCAAGUUGAAGGCCACUUGAUACAGGGAGUAGCUGACCUUGGAGGGGCACAGCUUCAUCUUGAUGGAGGAACGUUCAAGAUCAGCCGUCCACUUCGCCUACCGAAGAUUAGGGGCGGUAACUUUAUGAUACUGUGCGGAUCACUCACUGCAUCACCUGAUUUUCCAACUGAUCGACACUUGAUAGAGCUUUUGCCAUCAUCAAGUUCAUUUUCAUACGAAGAUGUUACACUUAAGGACCUUAUGAUAGACUCCAAUUUCAGGGGUGGUGGCAUUGCCAUAGUUAAUUCUCUAAGAACCAUCAUAGACAAUUGCUACAUCUCACACUUUGUAACCAAUGGCAUUUUAAUACAAGGCGGCCAUGAGACUUAUGUAAGAAAUACAUUCAUCGGUCAACACAUCAAUGCCGGAGGUGAUCGUCGUGAAAAGGACUUUUCUGGCAUCGGAAUCAACAUCAAAGGCAAUGACAACGCAGUCACGGAUGUGGUCAUCUUCUCAGCAUCAAUUGGAAUAUUGAUUCAAGGACAGGCCAAUAUGCUCACCGGGAUACAUUGUUAUAACAAGGCCACUGGAUGGGGUGGCACCGGAAUAUAUAUCCAGGCUCCAGGAUUUACUCAAACCCGAAUCGCCAAUUCCUACUUUGAUUUCACAGGAAUUGUAGCAGAGGACCCCGUGCAACUCCAUAUAACCGGUUCAUUUUUCUUAGGCAAUGCCUUCGUAUUGCUCAAAUCCUUAAAGGGGGUCGCAUUUGGCAUAAACAUUGUUGACAAUAUGUUUUCGGGUGAUUAUACCGGGGUCCCAACAGUUCAACUGGAUCAAUCAAAUAGUCCGUUCACUAAAAUUGAGCAGGUUGUCGUUGAUAGAAAUAAUGCCAGAGGAAUGGUGCUUAAGUCAACGGUUGCCAGGGGGUCCAUCUGGAGGAAUGGGACAACGUGGACCGUUGAUUUCUCGCGGGCACUAUUGUUUCCUAACCUGAUCAAGCAUGUGCAGUACACACUGCACGCUGGUGCAUCAUUUCCUAGACAUAUCCUGAGGAAUGCAUCAGGAAAUCGAGUCACGGUGGAGACGGAGCUGCCCACAUCAGCAACGUUGCAUGUGGCGGUGGAUCAAAGCACAGUUGGAUACACAUGAUGAUUUCUUGGUGUUCAUCUUAAUUUCUUGAUAAAAUACAGCAGCUUUUUGUUUUUUUUUUUAAUUUCUUUCUUCAUAUUCUUUUUGGAAUUUGUGUUUCCAAAAUGCUGGCUGCGAAAAUUCAAAGCUGGGGAGUCCAAAAUGGCAUAGAAUUCUCAAACAUGUGGCCUAAAAAGAGUCACCUUUUUUCAGUUUUCAUACGUUUAGUUGUCAAUCCCACCCAACUUUGGCUAAUCAGAAAGAAAAAUACAGAGGCUUCUUUGACUCU